UGCUGACACACUGUCGUAACGUGAUUGUCGGCAAUGUGUUUGAACAUACAUAUGGCGCAGUUAUGUAACCAAUAAGAGGUUAUAGUCGCAGAAGAAUUGCUUGACAGCAAAAUGACUAAACGUACGAUGGGAACGGUGACGCGAGUUAUUUUGAAACUGAGUGCUGCGACCACCAUAGGAUUUAGUGGUUGGUGUCUGGGAAGAUACUCAGAACAGCAACGACAUUUGAAUGCAGAAAUAAGAGACAGUGGAACUAAUAUUAUCUCGAAUGUAAACAUUAAAAAAAUGCCCGGUUUACCCCUAUUUGGAACCGUUUCUGCAGCGGUUCCCGUACAGGUUGAUACGAAUAUGGGUUCAAAAUUAUCGACAACGAGUACUAGAGUGGCCGAAAUUAUGAAAUUCGGUUUUCCCGGAUUGGAUCAUGUCAGAUCCUACGAAGAUUUUGUUCUUUCAUACGACAGAAGAAACAGGGUAGCAAAUUGGGUCUUUGAACAUUUAAACAAAGAUAAAUUACAACCCAAUAACGAGAUAUCACGUAGCAAGUGCGAAUUUAAAUCUGAUCCAAGUAUACAUCCCUUCUUUAGAUCAGAGAACAGCGAUUACAAAGGCAGCGGAUAUGAUCGUGGACAUUUGGCAGCUGCUGGAAAUCACAAGUGUGCUCAAAGUCACAUAGAUCAGACAUUCUUCCUGACAAACAUGGCACCGCAAGUGGGUGUGGGAUUCAACAGAGAUUCUUGGAACAGACUGGAAAAAUACGUCAGGCAUUUGACUAAAGUUUAUAAGGACGUGUAUGUUUGUACCGGUCCUUUGUAUUUACCAAAAGUAGAAGCUAAUGGCAAGAAGUAUGUUCGAUAUGAAGUUAUUGGUACAAAUCAUGUGGCUGUGCCUACACAUUUUUAUAAGAUAGUCGUUGGUGAAACGCACGAUUCAAAGUUAGAAAUGGAAGCAUUUGUAAUGCCAAAUACUCCAAUAGAUGAUAAUGCACCUCUAACAAAUUUCCAGGUACCACCAGAAAGUAUAGAACGCGCUGCUGGACUUUUAUUUUUUGAUAAGAUCGCACGCGAUAAAUUAAAUAAAAUCAAUGGGAAGGUAGUUAAAUAGUUACGAUAUCAAGACAACUUGAAAUAGAUAGAAUAUUUUGUUUUAGCAGAAUUUUAUAUGGAAAUUAAUUUUAAAAAGAGAUUUCAUUGAAUGAAAAUUUUUGAUUACCUUGAAAUCUCUCAAAAAUGUACCUGAGAAUUUUAACCUGGGAUUACCACGUCGUUAACUCCGGGUUAAGUAAUUUUUUACUCUUAAAUAAUACAUGUACAUAUAUAGUAAUAUGUUUUUUAUUUAUUAUAAAAAUUAUAUAAAUUUAUGACCUUUAUACACCUUUAAUACUUUGACACGUAUUUUACAAAAAAAAGAAAUAAAUACUAUGUUGAAAUGUUUAGAUUUUUAUUGUUUUUGUACAUUUAGUUCAAAUUGUAAUAAUUAUUUAUGCAUAAUAUUGCGUGUUGUCACAAAAUAAGUACUCACGUGAAAAGCGCAUGCACACGUACGUAUCUCUUAGUACCCAAAAUUUCAGUCUUGCAAAAAACAUUAAUGAUAUUCACUUUAUAAUACACAUUGGACAAAAAUUACUUUCCAUAACUUAUAAUAAAAUAUAAUACGAUUACUCUUAUCGUUUCAAAUAUAAACUAUAAAC